AUGACUACGGUUGAACUAAAAGCUCUAACCAUGCGAUUAAUGGUGAACACGAAAGAGUUUGGUUUAACAAAAACGUGGCUUAUUCGAGUGGAAGUGGCGAAUCGCCUCCUGUUCAUUAUUACCACUAUGGAUGGAACUAUGGCAGAACUGAGUCCUGAGACCCAGGACCAUUUUCGUAAAUUCCUUCAAGCCGCAGGUAUUGAAAAUGUGCUUACAAAAGACGGUCGCCACUUAUCUGACAAUGAAGUACUGAAUGAGAUAAGCAAAGAAUGUGCUAUAUUGUCUAUGAAUCGCGAAGAAAGGUGCGUGUAUUUCUAUAGUCAUUGCAGGAGACCCACUUCUUUGAUUGAAGCAUGUACCAAUGGAGACGAAGAAACUGUCCGUGCACUAUUAGAAUCUGGAGAUUGUCAUAUAAAUGAACUCGCUCCGGGAGGUGAGUCGGCAUUGACAUGUGCUGUUUCUGCAAAUGCGGAACGUAUCGUUGAACUUCUCUUAAAGCAUGGGACUGAUGCAAAUAUACGAAGCAAAAUGGUCGAGUGUACUGCUUUAAUGGAAGCUGCAAGUGUAGGGUAUGCGGGAAUCGUCCGUUUACUCCUUGAGUACGGGGCUUCGACGGACGUGACUUCUAGCACUGGAAAUACAGCCCUUCAUUAUGCAGCUACAUCUGGGCAUUUAGAUUGUGUCCGGCUGCUUUUGCAUUACAAGAGUCCUAUGGAAGUUCAAAAUGAGACAGGUCACACACCAUUAAUGGAAGCUACAAGCAAUGGCUAUAUAGACGUUGCUCGAUGCCUGAUUGAGCAUGGAGCUGAUAUAAAUACUCAUUCUUCUGAGUUUAAGGAGUCUGCUCUGACUCUUGCAAGCUAUAAGGGCCAUGCAGAAAUGGUUAAGUUCCUUUUGGAGGCUGGGGCUGACCACGAGCACCGAACAGAUGAAAUGCACACUGCAUUGAUGGAGGCCGCAAUGGAAGGUCACGUCGAAGUUGCCAGGCUUUUGUUGUCUUAUGGUGCUAACGUCAAUAUCCCUCAGGAUAGCUUUGAGUCACCUCUUACUCUGGCAGCUUGUGGUGGCCACACUGAAUUGGCUAGUCUACUCAUUGGUUACGAGGCGGAUAUCGAGGAAGUUAAUGAUGAAGGAUAUACUCCAUUAAUGGAGGCGGCAAGAGAAGGUCAUGAAGAGACUGUCGCACUUCUACUUGCUGCUGUUACUUAA